AUGGCAGCAGGUCCUAUUGCAGAAAGGAAUCAAGAUGCUACCAUCUAUGUAGGAGGACUUGAUGAUAGAGUAUCAGAGAGUCUUCUAUGGGAACUGUUUGUACAAGCUGGUCCUGUCGUAAAUGUUCAUAUGCCCAAGGACCGUGUCACCCAGUCACAUCAAGGAUAUGGAUUUGUAGAAUUCAUGGGGGAGGAAGAUGCUGAUUAUGCCAUUAAGGUUAUGAACAUGAUAAAACUUUACGGCAAGCCGGUGCGAGUUAACAAAGCCUCGGCCCACCAGAAGAACCUCGACGUUGGCGCAAAUGUGUUCAUCGGUAACUUGGAUCCUGAAGUCGAUGAAAAGUUACUUUACGACACAUUCUCCGCUUUUGGUGUCAUAUUACAAACACCCAAGGUCAUGCGAGACCCGGAAACCGGCAACUCUAAAGCGUUCGCUUUCAUCAACUUCGCUUCGUUCGAAGCCUCAGACGCGGCCAUUGAAGCGAUGAACAACCAGUAUCUGUGUAACAGGCCCAUAUCGGUGUCCUACGCGUUUAAGAAAGACGUCAAAGGCGAGAGGCACGGCUCAGCGGCGGAAAGAUUGCUCGCCGCGCAGAACCCCCUGUCGCACGCGGACCGCCCCCACCAGCUGUUCGCCGACGCGCCCCCGUCCAUGAUGGGCCCGAUACUGAUGGCGCCUCCGCCGCCGCCGACGCCGUCGCCGAUGCCGCCGCCGGGGCCGCCGAUGGGGGCGAGGCCGCCGCCGCCGCUGCCCAUGGCCGCGCCCCCGCCGCCCCCCUCGUCGUCGCCGUUCGGCCAUUCGCCGUUCCCCCCCCACCAUCCGCCCGAGCCGAAUUACAAUUAU